AUGCACGCCACACUCGCUGUGGCCCUCCUCCCCCUGCUCGUCGCCGCCCUGCCCACCGGUCAGGGCCCUUAUGGCGCUGGCAUGGGCAAUGGCCUCGCCAACCCCAACGGCCCUUCCACGUUCGCUGCUCCUCCUCAGGCCCUCCCCGACGUCGGAUUUGGACCUGGAGAUGAAGACUUUGAAGACGACGACUUGGCCAAUGGCAACUUUGACGGCAACAUCCCGGCUCAAGCUGCAGCCCCUCUUCCCCAUGAUAACUAUGACGAGCUGGCCGAUCUAAAUGACGAUGAGCUGGCCGAAUACCUGGACGGAGCCGAAGAUGAUUACAGGCGUCUCACCCGUCGCCAGCUCGACGGCAUGGCUGAGGAUAUGAUGGGCGACGAGUACCUCGAUGACGAAGUUGACGAUGGGAUGGGUGGUUCCGCUGCCGGCGCACUGGGAGCAGGAAUGACACCAGGGAUGACAGCUGGAACUGGUGCUGGAACUGGUGCUGGAGCUGCUGGAGCUGGAGCUGGAGCUGGAGCUGGAGCUGGAGCAGGAAUGGCACCGGGGAUGGGCGCAGGUGCAGGUGCAGGUGCUGGAGCUGGCAUGCUUGAGGAGGACCCUGAUAUGCUCGGGGAAAACCCUGAUAUGCUGGACUCCGAGGACCCGCUUGGCGCGGACCCCCUGCCCUCUGGCUCCGGAGCGACGACCCCUGGCGCCGGUACCGCAGUCUCAUCGGUCACGCCCGCGACGACUUCUGCUGCCACCCAGACUCCUCCUGCCACCCAGACUCCCUCAACGACCCAGACUACGCCGCCCCAGACGGGCACGCCGGUAACCGGCGAGAAGCCGAGCCUCGGAUCCAAGCUCAAAGAAUACGGUAAGAAAGCCCUUGAAGUGGGUUCCUCGGUGCUGGGGGGUGCCGGUCAACUCGCGGCCAGCGUGCCACCUCGAAUGGGCGGCAUGGGCACGGGCAUGGGUAUGGGCAUGGGCACAGGCAUAUACCGCCGCUAA